UGGUUACGAGAACGAUAAACGAGGAAAGUUGCGGGUACUCGGUGCAAGUUCUAGAGACUGCGUAUAAAGGCGUGCCAAUAUAAACCGCAAGCUUCAUUUGUUGCUCGAACGUUUGCGGCUGGCUGGCUGGUUGGCUGGCUGGCUGGCAGGCAAGCAAGCAAGCUAACACCGACCAGUUCACUCGCAGUAUUUUCGUUGCCACCGACCGGUGUUGUGUGCCGCACCGAACAAUCCGGAAAGAUUCGAAUGAAUUGGUCGACGCGUUACCCUGUCGACGGAGAGAUGCAAGUAUGUUUCGUCUGCAAGUUCUUGAGAGAAGUGGCCCCGCAAUAACGUGAGUGUGGUGUGGAAUGAAAGAAAAAGAAUGCAGCACGGUAGAGGAGGCUAGAUGAGCACCAAUUUUCAGAGAGGUGCAUCGUACGCGAAACGUCCAGCGAUUGUAGGAAAAAAACAAGACGGCGCGUCUCUGAAAGGAAAGAAAAGCGAUAAACACGUGUGCGAAAGAAUACGCGGUCCAUACCUGGUCCGCCAUUUUGGCGGCAUGGUCCUUUGGGCCACUAUACUAUUCCUACAAGGAGCUGGUUUCGUAGGCUCGGUAACAGGUAUUCCUGGUGUUCCGGAAAAUAUAACGGUGAUGUUCCUGAAUCCAACCUCCGUGCGCGUAUCUUGGAGCACCAGUCAGGUCGAACAAGUUGAAAAAUACGACGUCACGUACAAGCCAACGGAUGCCAGGAAAUACAACGACAGUUACAGGGUGGUGGCGGUGGUCGCGGGAAAUAGCGAGGCGGUCACGUUGAGCGGUCUGAGGGCCGACACGCAAUACCAACUCGUCGUCACUGCCGUCAGAGGUGGGAAAAAAUUUCGAAGUCGGCCGAUCGUCUUCCGCACGCUUGAGCCGCCGCGAACAUCCCCGCAACAGGAUGCAGCGGUGACCGGUGGCCCUCUUCCACCCCCUCCACCUUCUUCUCAGCAGCCGCAAGCUUACAUACAGGUCCGUGGCGUGGAAGUGGGCAUAGUCGUGUUGGUGUUGAUCUUUUGGGCGGGCGCGAUAGCGUUGUUCUUCAAUCGUUGGGGCAAGAUACGUAUGUUGUUGCCGUAUCAGCCCGAUUACAAGGAACAAUUGAAAGUUCCCGGGACCGGGGUGUGCGCAGCGGCGAACGCCGCUUACACGCAACAUCCCACUCAACACACCUGUUCUCAGCAUCUGCACUGGUCGAGCCAUCACGUGGACUCGUUGGACAGCGGAGGCGGUUUCGGAUGGGCGAGAACCUCGAGGCCGCGGGUGAACAGCGCCAUCGACGUGGCCGGCUUCCUAUCCCAGGAAUUUUUAAGACGGCACGGUUCCACGUCGAAAUUGUGCCGGAAGGUUCGCAGCGCGGAUAAUUUACCAUUAGCGUCCUCGAAUCGACAAGAUCAACGAAACUCGAAAGAGGAUGGGAUCGACGGGGACAAAGAGUCGUUCCUGAGAUCGACCCAGGAGGAGAAAUCCGAGGAUUUGGAAUCGAAGAGGCACAGUAGCUUGGAGAGUUGUCCCAAGGACAAUCCGGACAUCUCGUUGCUCGAUCCCAAUCAUCAACAACAAUCUUCCAGGGAUUCGCCGGUCACGUGUUCCUCGUCGUUGGUCGGCCGACGUUUCGGUGGAUGGAGAGCAGGCGGAAGUCACGAGUACGUUCGAUGCCCCGUGCGGCAACCCGCUUCCAUGGACGAGAGGUAUUGUCGUCGAUCCGGGGACACGGAUGCUCGGCCGGCUCGCUAUCACCAUUACCAUCGAAGGGGGGGGAUCGAACGACACUCGAAGAGCUGCGACUACGCGACGAAGCGUACGCCCGAAUCGAGCAUCGAGGUUCAACACUUCGGCCUGCCUAUACUGAGCGUGAGCGAGCCCAGCCCGCCGGACGAGAACGACCGCGUCGACGAUUAUUUGUAGGACUUGCUUGCCGAGGACUUCCUCAAGGAGCUCCUCGUAUGACCCUACCGCUCG